AUGUCCUUCAACAACAUAAUCCAGCUGGACAAGGACGCGUUCAAGUCCGUGGGCCUGAUCAACCUGCACAAGCUGAUCGCCCAUAACUGUUCCAUUGAACUAGUGGACAAGGACGCUUUCCGUGGUCUUCAGAUCCUUAUCGAACUGGACCUUUCUAACAACAACAUCCACGUGCUUCACCCGGCUACGUUCCGGGACCCGUACCGGCUCCGAAAGAUCUACCUGAACCGGAACCCCGUGCAGCGGCUGCAGAGCGGCCUAUUCCAUAAUAUGUCGUUCCUGCAAACGGUCGGGUUUAACGACUGCCUGAUAUCCGUCAUCGAACCCAAGACGUUUUUCAACAACACCAAGUUGAACAGCUUGGAAUUGAGUGGCAACCAUCUGGUCAACAUGAAGCCCGAUAUCCUAUUCUCCAUACCCAGCCUCAUGAACCUAGAGAUCUCCAACAACCCGUGGCGAUGUGACUGCAAACUCAGGCCGUUCAUGGACUUGGUCAGUAUUCCAGCUAUAUAUUUAUACAAACACAUACGGACGGGUAGGUUUUUAAUUGUAUGUAUUGUUUUUGUUCCGUAUAGGUCAUGAACCGGAACCUUUACAUGAGGUCGUCGUGCGCCGAACCGCCCAGGUUGCUGAACAAGCUGUGGAACAACAUCAAACCCGAUGAGUUCGCCUGUCAGCCCAUCAUCCAGUACCCCACCCAAAGCACCUCGUUCCAGCUAGACGACGAAGAACUGACGGUCGGCUGCAAGAUUGCCGGCGAACCCAUGCCCAGCGUCCAGUGGGUGUACAACAACCGGCCCAUAUCGAAUUACUCGCACGGCGAUUACAAGUUCACUGUGUACGAGAGCGUGGACAACACUAUGGCCAAGUGGAUGAACCUGACCGUGUCCCGGUCCAGGCUGAUGGGAAAAUCCGAGUUCAAGUGCAUCGCGCAGAACGCCGCCGGGCUGGAGGAGCGUAUAAUAACCGUGAUCGUACAGGUAACCAUUGGCCCCGAGUGCGCAGAACCUAACCUAACUGAUAUUGAUGGCUCGUUACAUAACAGUUUAUAAUGUCUGCUCGAGCUCGUGUGUGUGCACUGUGCAGUGUGUAGAUGUACGACGUUGAUGCCUUGCAAUAUUUCCCUGCUAUCCUGUUCAACGCUCACUAAAAAUUAAUUUCGUGUUUCGUUCAUAUUCGAAACAUACACAUUUCGUUAUGUAUUUUAGAUUCCGAGUGGAGCGAAUAAGCUUGUACUUUUUUUUAAUUAUAAAUGCAUUUUUUUUUAAUUUUUUUUAAAUACGUUUACCGAAAUAUUUGUCCGUUGAUUAACGGGGAGUUUUUGUUGCGAUUAAGUGUACGUGGUACAGUUGUGCGCAUGUCCUGAACAGCAAAAGCGUUUGCAGACAAUCGCCCAUGUAUAAGCUUGUCGGUGUCUUUUCUAGUGACUUUUAAUUUUUGGGUAACAAGCAUUUUUCGAUCAGUUUCGACAGUUUUUCUAGCUUUUUUUUUUUUGGCUUUUGUUUGGGUUAUUGACCCGAAUUAUCUCUAGUAAUGUGCGUCACAUACGUUGUAUUCACGCGCGCGUUUCGUUUGCAGAAUGCCGGCAGCAAACCGGUGUUUCCGGGAGUCAAGGACACGCUACCCGUCAUCGUCGGUCUGGUGGCCGGCAUUUUCAUCAUCGUCCUGCUGUUGAUCGUGUGCUGCCUGUGCUGUUGCCGGCGCCGGCCCGGGCUGAUAUUGGGCGGCGCCCAUCAGCCAAAAAAGUCGCACGCCAACGGGUUUUCCAACGGUGACGUCCCGAACAACAACCAUCACCACGUCACGUCGCUGGUGUCCGAGCCGUCCGAACAGCAAAAGAGCCUGUUGGCCGUCGUCAACCCGGUACAGAAACCGCCCCGGCGAUACGAAUCGUCGCCGACCGGCACCGAAAUGACCGAGCUCAAGCGGAAUUUACUGGACGAGACGUCCAUGAGCGGUUAGUAUUUUCACCGUGCGUUGUAUAGACAUAAUAUAUUGAAUAACGUUAUGACAUUAGGUUUGUCCCGACACGCGGUCAUGCCGUCGCAGAACUGGCGGGCGCGCGGGCGGACAGUGCCGACGCGCCGGAAACGCAAAUCCAUACCGCCGAGACGGUUGUAUUUCCGACGCGUCGUGUUAGAACAGUUUCGGGUUUGGUUUCUGACGGUGGUCGGGUACGCCGCCAUAAUCAUAACGCACCGUACUUGUCGUUUGUGCGCUAUCGAUAAUUAUCGCGUUCAAAUUUCUGUUGGCCGUUCGUAAACUGUUGCCGUUGCUUUUUGUGCGCAGCUGUUUCGCGCGCGCGGCGAGACGCGGCUCGUCCAACCGCUCGCCUUAGGGCCUGUCGGUUUUCCCCGUCGGCACGUUGACAAAGUCUAACCCGCGGUCGGGCGACCAGAGCUAAACCGGUACGGGUUUAAUCGUCUGCACGUAGCGUAGUUGGUCGUUUUUCCGUACGGACAACGCCGCAGAUAUGAAACGCAAACGAUUAGUGUGCGUUUGGUUGUGCGCGAGAUACCCGCGGUCUAGUCACUUGUCCGCAUUGCUGCACGGCCGCGGCGGAAAACGCGUUCCGACAGAGCUCCGGGUGGUCCAUGACGACGAUCGGUCAACGCGCGGCGAACCGACCGAGCGAACGGUCCCGCCGAACCCCGCGUCGGAAUGCCCGGAGCGGACGUUGUCGUUGCAGUGUCGGGAAAAUCCGGGAUUUCCGUUUUGCCGGCCUCGCGAAUUACAAAAACGAUUAUCGCGUCGGCCGUCGUAGCCGCCGUCUCGCCGCGUGACCGUCGACGUCCGCCGCGUGACGGUGAAACAAACGAUCGAGUUUACGCGGCUGUUAUUUCGUCGCGCGGUCCAUCGAGUAUUAUUCAUUGUUGCGCACGAGAUAUCUGAAAAAUUCCGGAACCGUUAUAAAAAAAAAAAUAAAAAAAAAAGCGCGUUUAAAGAUCUAAACGGAUUUCAUUGAUCAACGUUUUAAACGGCCGUCGGUAAAUCAACGAUCGACAUUUAACAUCUGUGUACGGUUGUACGGUUGUCGGUUUCGUUCCGAUUAGCGAAUCGACGGUCAAAUCGCGGUAUUUUUUUUUUUUUUUUUUAUCACGGUCGAUACUCUGUCUUAUCAUCAAUUGUAUUGUCAUUUCGCCCGAAUAAUGAUAAUUAAUUGUUCGUGAUUUCGAAUUUCUUUCUAGUCUUAUUGUGUAUAUUUAAUUUUCGUUGCAAUAAAACAAUGUUUAGUAACGAAAAGCAACAUCAGCGUUCUGUCAAUUUCACAACCCGGGAUUCGGACCUUUUAAUUUCUCUUGUACGCGUCUGUUAUAAAAUGCGUGAAAACAGACACCGUAAAAUCCAAGGUUAGGUUAGAUUGGCCUAUCGUUAUUACCAAUCAAUACGAGAACGGAUACGAUCGCUGAUCGAAUCGACUAAAAACCGAACCGUAUAUUUUGAUAAUCGAAAUCGGUCGAAAAACGUAUCGUCUCUCCGAGUAUAAAAAAUGGUUAGUUAAAAUGAAUCUAAACACUAAUGCGGUCAAUAUGGCCAAUUCGUCGAAUCCCUCGUCUGCGUAAUCAGAAUCGUCCUCAAAAUUAAAUCGUUGUCGUUAAAAUUAUUAGUCGCGGACACUUGACCUUAGACACGGCUAUAACAAAACUCGAAACGUAAUUAACAAAAGAAAAACCGUAAUUAUUUCAUACAGAACAGCGUUUACAUUUCUAAUCGAAGUGAUAAACGACAAUUGAUAACAACGUUGGUGGUAGCGAUAACAAAGAUAAUGCCACACACACUAACCAAUCGUCGUUCAACCGACCUUUAAUCGGUGGUUAAGCAGUUAGGACAGGUACUGUACAAAGGUUUCAAUCGUCGAUUGUAGUUCAAUCGCUGCGUUAACCGUGUACUGUUCUGGCCCUAAAAACCGUUGUGCGGUUCACGGGAAUUCAUUCUGACUUCCGUGGCAUAGGCCACACACGCUGGUUUACAAAAUCGUUUUGUCGUCCCGUAACUGCUCGGUGUAUUAUUAUACCUACGCAAGUAUACAAGGAUAUCGUCGGAAAAAGGGGCCUUUAGUCUACAACUCUGGUUGAACAGACUUUCAGAGAGGCCGCCGAACACGGCCCCGCGGUUAUUCGUCCGUCGUCGCCUAACGACUCUCGACCGCUCACCCGAACGGAUGGAUGCUGUACCGUAGAAUAUAAACUUCUGUAAAAGAUUUUCGAAAUCGAACGUGACGUUUUAUUUCGGCAACCGCGUACGAGACACAACCGGAUGUGACCUUCGAGACUGGAGUGACUAAACGUUUGCACACACGUUCGGCAGACUUCGUAUCGCGUGAAACGAAGUCCGUUGUACGGGCGAUAACUCUGUUUACUAGAGCUCGCUAUUUCACGUGUUCGCGUAUUUCAAUACAAACAAAUUUUAUAGACUUCGAUGUACCGAAUUUCCAACGUAGUGUAGAGCAACGUUUCUCGGACUUUUUACCAUUCGCAUGCCCUCCCUUAACCUCCGACCACUGCUCUACGAACCCCCGGGCAACGCUACGCUAUCGGAUGUUAGUGAUAAAAUCUUAGCGCACACGUGUCGCCUCCUAUUACGAUAUAUUAUACCCGUUAUGCAGUACCUACUGUGCACUUUUACAUUACGAUAAACCCGAUUUACAUUAUUGCCGCAAAUGACGAGCCAUUCCAAUCGAGUACAACAGAUUUCGCGUUCUCCGCCAUCGCGCUUUUAUUUCCGCGAACCCGCUAAUAACUCCCCGGUUCAGAAACGCUGGCACAGUGGACAAUAACAAUCGGUCCGUAGCACAACGGUCGACUCGACGACACGGGUACGUGGGCGGUACGUAAAGGCCGAUUAGAUCCCCGUGUUCGUAUGUUCGCACUUCAGUGUGCCGCGGGCGCUAUAGAACAGCGGUCGCUCAAUAAUCCGCGAAUACUACACGAUUGCCGUGUUUCCGAUCUACGUCCGAAAAAUCCCCCCCCCGCAUCGAUUCGCGCGUUAAAACGAGACGCGUUUACUGUGUUCCGUACAAUUCGCCGCAGACAUUUAGUCGGGGGAUUUUUCAGACGUGGAUCGGAAACACGGCAAUUGUGUAGUAUCGGUAUCGCGCGACGAUUAACACGAUAAAAUAUCGUUCUGCGAAGCGCGACGCGUCACAGAACGCGCCGCACGCCGCACGGGCACCCGUGUAGAAAUCGAGUUUAUGAAACGAGGUUCUCGAACCGAAUUACGACCCGAGUCCGUCAUCCGAGUAGGCGCAAGUGCGUAUAAUACGCUAAUAACGCGUAGUGUGCGCGACGAUUGCUGCAGAAAUUCAAUAUUCGUUUAAUUUUCGUCGAGUCUUUUGUUUUUUUUCUCUCCCGUUUAAACGUUUCUCUACGCUAUUAUUGGUAAUCGUACACACCGCGCGCCGCCGAGACACGCGCGGUGUGUCUUGUGUCGCGUGUCGUGUUUCGUACGCGGCGACGUUGUGAAUUUAUAACAUAAUAUUAUUAUAUUAUUUUCGGCCGCACGCCAUGUGUUUCAUACAAUGAUAAUAAUAUUGUAUGCCAUUACUUGUAUUACCGUUAUACUUAUAUACGUAUAUAUACCUGUGUAUUAUUAUUAUUAUUAUUAUUAUUAUGUACUGUACAAAAUUUCUAUGCAAUUAAUACUGUCGUUCACGCACUCGUCGCGACGGGAUCGCGUAUACGCAUAAUACUAUACACCGGCGCAGUGAACCGUGGUGACGACUGAACCGGCUGCGGCUGCAGUGGCGAUUCGGAUUUCUGCGGCAGCGGCGGCGGCGGCGGCGACGGUGACCCGACACCAUCGGCGGCGGCGGCGGUCGAGGCUGCGACGGCGGCGGUGUCGACGUCGUCGGUUUCUUCGCGUUGAACGUUCCGAGGACGAGGCGGUCGUGUCAACGAGAUGACGCGUAGAGAAAAAGAAAGAAAACAAAAAAAAAAAAAAAACGCCUUUUCCGGGGCCGCUAGGUAAAACAACAACUCGGACGGGGCCGGUUGUCAUAAACAACGCUAUCGCGUCCAUAUGCAUAAUUUUACCGUACUCUAUCUUGUUGUGAUUGCACGUUUUUUUUUUUUUUGUAGUCGCAGUCUGCUCCCGCGCUCUUAUCAUCCGCAUCCUAUAGCUCGGCCUCCUCAGCCCACCGCUAUUUGUCCGUACUGUACACGCCGAACUGCGAACUCGUCUUGUCGUUAUUAUGUGCCACGAUACACGCGUCGCGUGGUUGUCGCGGACGGCGAUGUUGGAUCGUCCGGCCGUGUCGCGGCGCGGUUCGUCCGCAGACAGAUGCCGCCCGGCGAUUUUCGGAUAAGUUCGAUCGGUUUUCGUCAUUUCAUUGUUCGCGGUUCGCGACGAACGCACCGAUAGCGCGUUAAACCGCCGUUAUAGAUUAUUGAUCAUCACACGUAUCCGGAAGCUUACGGUGCGAUGAUAUUGAAGCGUUGACGACGGAACACCCGAAUGUGACUUGGCCGUUUUGUACCGCGCGGAAUCGGCCGUGAUGCCUGACCGCGUACACGAAAUCAAACGUGUGUGACAUUCGUCGGACGUUAAACGAAAACCGAUAGCCGUUUGGGUGUACGGACAGUCGCAUUAACUAGCAAUCUCGAACGACCGUGUACGGGUCCCUUUAGAGACAAACAAAAUACGCCCGUGAACAGCAGAGUUGGGUCCGCGUGAUGGUCGUCCGUAGCACUCGAUAUAGUCUAUUGACUUAAAACAAUCGAUAAUAUCGCCUGUGGAACGACACUGUCGAUCGUAUCGAUUAUUUUAAGACAAUAUUGCUAGUGAAACGACACGGUGAGAUAACGGAGUGAAAAAAACGUUAUCAAUAUAAUCGAACAUCGGUAUACUGUCGAAAUCCCCGAUUAAUCUCGCAGAUCAAGGCAGCGCACUAGAGUAUAGAGCCAGAACUCGAAUCAUUCCUCAGCCGACUAGUUGUCAUCGCAAUAUUUAAUUUUUUUUUUUUUUUUUAAUAAUUGAUCUAAAAUAUUUAUGAUUUCUGGAGUUGAUCGCGGGUGUUUUAUUUAAUUCGUGUUGUAAACUAUUACGGUUAAAUAAAAAUUGCGUUUAUUCACAUUAUUUGUGUAUCGCCCCGUGUGAACCCCACCCUCUGGCCUGUUUCGCGGUCUACUACACAUUACCCCUCCGUGUACGAAAAGUAUCCUAUUGCGGCCUCACGCUAAUGCCUAAGGAAUCGAAUAGGAAGAAAAGGUUUCAUCGAAAUACCGUGUACAGUGUGUAAAGUCGCGGUUCUCGAGACGGCAUAUUGUAAACGGCACACGGCGGCGGCGGCAGUUGGAAGUUGAAACCUUCCAAAAGGCGCAUCCACGACAACAACAAUGCUGUUCGCAGUAUUACGGUGUACGCGUUUCGACCGUCCCCGCUACUUACUCCGAUGAGUGUAAACGAGGUUUAAAUACCCCGGCGCAUCCUUUGAACUCGGCGCGUAAACACGAUCGGGGAGGUGCUCGAAAGUUCGGAAACCGUCCUUAAUACUCUUAUACGCGAAUUCCCGGAAAAUUCGUCGUUUUCGGCGCACCGGAUAAAACGGUUUUCGACGACCAAUAACAAAUAUUAUCAUCUAAUUUGGCGUGCUGUUAUUAUAUCGCGGCGACCCCCGUCGUAUUAUUUUCGUCGCGGUGACGGACGGAAACCCGGUGUGUCCGUUGUACGCGAGUUCGGCUUGUGGCCGCCGCCUAUUGUCCCCGCCCCCCGCCCGAUAAUCAAAAAAUAUACCCGAUAACGAUAUUGGCAUUGCGUCACCGUCGUCGGUUACCCGUCGGAGUGUUCUCUCCGUCCCCGAUCGCGUGCAAUUGUACCGGAACGAUAAUCCACGCCGAACCGGCCAAUAACAAAUAAUAAUAUUAUCGUCGUGUUGCGUUUAUCGCCCCGGAGGAAGUCCGACUGUAUAGUCCGACUGGACGUUUAUUGUUUUUUUUUUUUUCUUUUUCUUCUCUCCGGUUCCGUUUACUACUUUCCUGUUGUUACCCCUCGCUCGUUUCCGGGCGAAACUAUUAUUAUAUACUGUACACUCCGAUCCGUCCGGAAAUACCGACUCGAAACCCCGGAAUUCGAUCGCGGCCCAAUCGACACGCCCGCGCGCUUCACGUACCGCGUACGUAAGACGGGGUUCGGUAUCGAUGAUUGUUAUUAUUUAUUUAUUUAUUUUUUUUUUUUUUUUUUUAGACCCUUUUUUAUUCCGACGUAUAUUAUUAUACGUAAAUCGAUCUAUGGAAUAUAUUAUGCCGCAUAAGCGACACUGAAAAACAGAUUCCACGGAUUUUAUCGUUGGAUAAAAAAAAAUUCUACUCCCGAUCGAUAUUCCGCCCGUGUUUUUUUUUUUUUUUUAAGAUUCUCGGAUGCAGUGCAGAAAAAACGAAAAAAUUGCAGUAUUGUUGAACGAUUUUACCGAGGAGGGGUAUUUUAUCCUCGAAGGGUAACACUAGCUGUUUUGAUCUAUAAAAAAAUUCUCCAAUUUUUUCACGUGGUACCUUAAAAUUAUGCGGGAAUUUCGCGAAUGACGAUACCCCAUUCGAAAACAAUUUCUAGUUUUUCUUGGUUUUCUAUUAACAAAAAUAUUUCCCCCCCCCCCCUGACCACACAUGACGACACAACGGUUUUCUAAUUUUGUCGAAUUUCUGCAUUGUCGGAACACGAGCCGAAUAACAAGACUGCAAACGUUGUGCCUUACCGCGGUAUACUACGUUCCGCUCAGAAUCGUUUUUCUAUCACAAUGAUUUUGUCGUCGAUGUUAUGACACUAUAAUUCCGUCCGUCUCCCGGGCACGACUAUCAUUAUUUUCCGGAUCUGUCGUCCUGUCCGCCGUUUUUAAGUCUGUUCGUAUUAUUGACUCGGACCGGAUGCGUUUAUCGGGGUUUCAGAUUACUUAUUCUUAUACAAAUCGUUUUCGAUCGUCACGGAAACGGAUUCGAUCUGCUGCGUGAUUUUUUUUUUUUAAUUUUAAACCCACUUUUUGAUAAACCAUAGAAAAUGUACAGUUAAUAUUAUUGAACGUAGAAUGUGUAUGCAUAUCGCCGGUGCCAGUACGCUCGUAAAUUUGUUUUUUUUUUUUAAUUUUUUCUAUUAUUGAAUUAACGCUUUAGACUGUCGUCUCUCGACCGAUAACGUUUUUUGACCUUAUUGGCCGUACAAAUAAAUAAAAACGCGAUAAUAAUAAUUGAACAGCAUUGACGAUAUUAUUAUUAUCUAUUAAUAGUUGAUAUUUCAGACGAAUUGUAUUGCGUUCGUCCCGAAGCGUCGCCGGACAAAACAAAAAAAUCUAAUCGAUUUAAUAUAUCACGGGACACGUCGCGAAUCACACGCGUCCGGAGAAAAACAUUGCAGCCUCCCGUCGAUUUGUCCUCGUCGAGAAAUAUAGAAAUCGGCCCAAUAAUAAUAUAAUGCUGUUAAACAAAUCAGAUACCAUCGCUCGAUGACGAUGUGCUAAUAUAUUCACUACCUAUAUAUUAUGAAGGGCUCGAUGCAAUAACAUGAGAAAUCCGUUUUUCGCAAUUGAAUUCAGCGUGAAAUGUACACGAAACAAAACUAAAAUUAGACCGGGCCGAUCUCGUGUACGCAUUGUGCUGGAUACGAAACUGUUUUUAAAAUUCUUAUAUCACUAUUCAGUGCAUCAUUCGGGCUGAUUGAAGGAAAAUCAAUUCAAAAUUGAAUUCAAAUUCCUGCAUUGUCGACAUUAUCUGCGCCGUUAUCUCUUUAAUUUUAACUAUUUCAAAUUUUUACCGUUCGCAAAUCGUCAAAAUAUUUUUGAUAUCGCGAUGUUUGAUAUUAUUGUUCUUGCCUCGGUGAUCAGCAAACGCUAAACCCCUAAAAACUUCAACGUGAAUAGCGGGCUAUGUAACUUCCUUGACAUUUGUCUUGUCGAGAAAAAAUCUGAACUAUAAUCGUCAUUGACCUAAUAAAUCUAUGGACGGAUCUUCCCUGUUGUAUUACGAAUUAACAUAGAAGAGUGAAAUACGGUAUAAAUUGUACGUUACAUAGUACGAGGUGUGGCUAUUAAAUAACGAGACUGAUCGCCUAGAGGGCGCCCUAGAUGGGUAGUGAAAAAAGCGAAUAAUGCGUUGGGUAUUUAGAUAUCUUAUCUAUGCACGUACCAAAAUACGUUUUCGUCACUAUUAUAGUAUUUGUGCAGUAGUGGUUUGAAACGAAUGUGUUUUUUUCUCGUGCCGAAAAACAUGAGCAACGGAUAAACGUAAAAUUUUCUCGUUAAACUAAAAAAAAAACUCCAACUGAGUGCUAUAAGUUGUUAAAAGAGGCCUAUAGUGAGGAUUUCCUAUCUCGGGCGCGUGUUUUUGAGUGGCAUAAAUUAUUUUCUGAAGGUCGAGAGUGCACCGGAAUCCAAUUCAGUCGUAAUCCAAAUUCAAAACCGUUUUCUUCGAUAUCAACGGCAUCGUGAUGACUGAAUGGGUUCCAGAGGGUCAAACUGUGAACCAACAUUACUAUUUGACAGUUUUGGCAACAUUGCGCGAAUGAGUUCGUAAGAAACGGUCGAUAUUGUGGAAAAACAAGUCGUGGAUCUUGCACCAGGAUAANCUCACCCGACUUGGCACCCUGCGACUUUUACUUGUUUCCGAAGAUAAAGUCUGCCUUAAAAGGAAUCCGGUUUGAGUCGAUGGAAGAGGUGAAACAAAAAUCGGCGGAACUCCUGAAUGGUCUUACGAAAACACACUUCCAGCACUGCCUCGAGCAAUGGAAGAAACGAAUGAAACGGUGUGUGAUGAGGAGAGGGGAGUAUAUUGAAGGGGAGCAUUUGAAUGUAGAAUAACUUUUAUAAUAAAACACUUUUUCGUAAUCAGUCUCGUUAUUUAAUAGCUACACCUCGUAUACCUAGUCCCUUAAUCUAUCUAUCCAUCUAUCUCGCUCGCUCACUCGAUGUCCCCUUAUAUUUUCUCUCCGUGCGAUCUUUCGCUCGUCGAUCCUAUUUCUAUCGCAAAAAAUAAAAAAACCGACGGCAGAAUAAAUAUAAUUUAUAAAGUGAACGUGAAUCUAAAGAUAGAAACGAAUGUCCCGACGAGUAAUAAACGAGCGUGGAGUCAUAAACUAAAAUAGGUGUUUAAAAAACAUACAUAUGUGUAAAUUUUUUAUUUUUUUCGGUAGAAUACCGGCGCGUAAAGGUCGAAAGAAAAAAACGUUUUCGGUCUAGUCUUCAAAUACCUAAAACGGCUAAUAAUAAUUAUGUAUCGUCGUCACAACACUCCGGGUGCGGAUAUUAUCAGCUGUGAUGCAGAAACUAUCGUAAUCGAACACUUAAUAGUACGUUAUACCCGCACCACCUCAGCCUGACUACCGUGUAACGUGCUUACGCUGAAUAAUUAAAACUAGCUUAAUUUGGAGUAAAAUUACUUCUUGUUAUGAAAUCUGUAGAGAACAAUAUUUCGAAUAAUACAAAAACCCUAUGGCAUUCCCUCCAAAAAUAUUUUUUUCUAUAAAUUUCAUACUAGACACUUUAAAUCAAAAUUGAGCUAGUCUUAAUACUUAUUCUGUGUACGCGUUGUUUUGUUGGGUGAAGACAGUAAAUGCGGGUAUAACGUACUCAUAAACAACAUACCCAUUCUGUGGAGGACGAACAUCAGUCACGAAUCCCGUAUUCGAAACAAUCCGAACGACAACAAUAUAUUAUCAUUUAUUACCACUCUGUAUGUGAUUUAUACAGUUAUUUUUUUUUUCUCUUCGACGCUACGUCUGUACACGUUUCAAUUAGAAAAAAAAAAAAAAUUCUCGGACCCGAUAUUUAUUUUUUUCCUCUUCUUAUCCGCCGAUAGUUAUUAUUCGAAAACGCACGUCCCGUCCGUAUAUAAUAUUUACAAUUUACACACGUCCGAUUGUACACACACGUUUCUAUCGGUGUUAUCGAAAAACCGUGUCACUGGUUUAUUUUUGGUUCGGACGCGGCCGCCGCCUCCUUUUCUAUAGAUUCGUAUUAUUAUUUAUUGUUCUCCUCUUGUAUUAAUACGAUAUUACUAUGGCGUGUGCUGCAGUUCCUUUUCGUGAUUACUAAAAUUCUUUAUUUUCACACGCGCCGUAGUUUCAUUAUCGUCAUAAUAUAAUAUAACAAUAUAGAGAUAUCAGUGUUAUAAAAAAAAAAUAAAAAAAAGAACACCAUUUAUACGCGUAGGAGUGUGACUACCAUAAAUAAGUAAUAAGUACAGUCCCGAUAAAUAAUAAUAAUAUAGAUUGCUUUUUUUUUCUCAUUUUUUUUUUUUUUUUACAACGACGCGUUUGAAAACGAUUUUCGUUCUUGUCUGUAAACGACUGUAUGUGAAGACGACAGAAAACCCGAAAACGAAACUCGACAAUUUUAAUUAGUUAUAAAUAACUCGAAAAUCCGCAAAAUAAUUUGAAUAUUGUACCGCGUCUAUACGCAUAGAGAAUGCCCGGUAUUCGGUGAUAUUGUCAGGUCUCUGCGAUCGUUUCUGAAACCUAAUCGGAAAACAACAGACACCGUGUUAUUGCGUACAUUUUUCCGGUUAUUGAGAAAAGUGCAAGGAAAAUCGAAAAACGACCUCCUGUCACGCCGGUAAAACGGAAUUUUCUACCAAAAACCGUUAGAAAAAUUUUCCGUAGACGGCGAAAAAAAAUUACAUACUUCGCACAUGGGUGGGCCACUGUUUUAGAUGAGAAGUUGGGAAGGUAGAGAGAAAAUUGAAUAUAAUAUAAUUGUACGUAACGAUUAACCACUGCUAACGAAAAACGAUUCUGAGCGAAGUUCGGUUAAUAGUGUUUCUUUGUGUACAAUAUACAUAUAUAAGUCACAUUAUGGUAAAACAAUUAUAAUAUAUGCAUUAUAUAUUUUGUUUAAUAAUAUUGUAUUAAUAUUUUCAAUACAUUUUUUAAUAUUGUGUUAAGAUUUUCCCGAUUCUCACCAUAUUUUUCUCAUUUAUUGGGAAAACAUAAAAAUAACCUCCUUAAAGUACUAAAUGCUAUACUUGAUACAUCAGAGUAACAUUUCUGGUAAAAUGUUUGUACACAGCAUACAAAAAUUAAAAACUAAAAAAGUAAACAUGUUUGUAAAACCAAUACAUUCUUCGCUACAUUCAGAAUAUAAAAAAAAAGAAAAGCACACGUCAUAGCGUAAACGUUCGAUAGAAUCCGCGCUUCCCUGACCUGACCUAACCUAACCCAACCUAAAUCGAUAGGAACGCACAUGAAUAUACUAAUAUAGUGAAACUAAAUCGAAAAUGACCGAUUACCUUAAAUUUCCCCGCUGAAUUUUUUAACAAAACGAAAUUUCGGUAAUUAGACACUAUAAAGAAUGUUCCCCGGCGUAUAAAUAGGUUGUACAAUCACAUUCGGAUAGUGUUCUGCGGUGUAAAAGAUACACGUGAAUUUCACUAGAAAAUCACCUUUUAGAUUCUGAACGAAGCGAGUACAUACCGCCGCGGGUUCACUGCGGUACGCAAUAAAUUAAAUAACAAUCGCCCGAUAUAAUAUUCAGUGGCACGUCCGGGAAUUUAUACAGUGUAACGAUUCUCGAAUAAAUCGUAGAUUUGUUACACCUAUCCCGGUCGACAAUGAGGAUUUAAAAGUCACAUCCUAAACAGCCGAUUUUUAUUCGAUACGUCGAGUUUAUUUUGCCCUUUGACUCGGCUGUAAUAUAUAAUUUCAAGAUAAAUAAGAUACGGACAUAAUUCACACGGUGGGAGGCGUGUCACUGUUGUAGACGAGAAGUCGGAAAGGUAGGAUAUAGGGCUGAAUUUAAUGUAUUACGGUGUUCGGUUAAACGUGUAUUGAAAGGCCGUAAUAUUUACGAUUUUCUUCAAAAUUAAUAUUAAAAUUAACAAUAAAAAUUCCGUUAUUAAUGUCUAUAAAUAGCUCAAGAAUGGCAAAAAUGUUUGGAAAAUAUUACCGCUUUUAGAAAUUGAGAAUAUAAUUUUUACGUCCAAAUUUCAAGUCUCCACGAAUGUUUUUAACAAAAUUGAAAAUAAUACGUUUCGUACAUUUUCCCGUUUUCCUAGGUUUUUUUUUUCCCCAAUUAUUAUGAAAACAGCUUGGAUAAUCAAUAUAUGAAAUUUCCUUUUAGAAAAUGUACUGCGCUUUAAAAUCGGAGCAAGAUUUCUGGUAGUUGUUUAAAAAUUUCAAAAAAUAAACAUUGUAAAACCAAUACAUUCCUCGCUUCGCUCAGAAUCAAAAAUCAAAAUACAACCCCUAAAGUAUAACCCCCUGCGCACGUCUCACAUUAAAUUUUCUCGGCCUACUGUUUUUUUGUCACUGCUAAAUACGCACGACAUUAUAUUCUCGCGCACAAGCGUCAAUAAAAUAAUAAUUGGUCGACCCGACACGGUUUUUUUUGUUCUCUACGGUACACGUAAAACUCGAGUUUGUCUACGCUGUUGAACUCGACUCGAACAAAUUAAUGCGGGACUCGACCGAAAUUUUCGAAAAGCCAAAACCGACUUUGAACCGAUUAGCUAUCGCGUUUGGCGCUUAGAAUACGCGUUUCUAACAGCGCAUUUGAUAUUGUUUGUAAAAAAAAAAUUCUAUUCGCAUGAGCUAAACAAAAAAAAAAAAACCAAUAAUUUAAUAUUCCGUUGAAUGCCCGGCUCUUCUUGUCACAGUCGAAUCUAUUAUGUAAUAGUUUUGUUGUAAACGUCGGCGAUUUUGCUUGGUCGCUUUGUUUUAUUAUUAUUAUUAUUAUUUUUUUUUUUUUUUUUUUUUAUAUAUAUAUAUAUAUAUAUAUAUAUAUACAUAAUUAUUAUAAUGUUGUAUUAUAUUAUUUAGAUUUCGCCCGUAAGACUACGCACAAACUGUAUAGACUAUAUUGUAUUAUUAUGUUUAAGAGUUAUUCUUUUACCGCGUGUUCUGUAUGAGAUUAUUGUAAAAGUCGACAUUUUAAAUGUUUUUUUUUUUCGCCUACUAUACACUUUUUAAUAUUCAAUGACGUUUGUUUUUUCGUUUAUUUUCAGGUGACGUGGAGGAACAGUGUUACGGCGGCGAAUCGGGCGACGAACUGGUCAGCAUCGAAGGCGGUGGCAGUUACGGCGGCGGAGUCAGCGUCGGUGGCGGUGGCGGUGGCGGCAGCGGCGGCGGCGGCAACAGCCGUUCGUACCGGAAAGGCACUCAUCCGCCGGACCUGUUGGCGUUCCCCCGGGGCGGCCACAGUUCGCCGGCCGGCAGCGUCGUGUCCACCGUCCCGUCGUUCCAGUCGCCCCUGCACAGUCCCAUCUACUCGGGCACGCUGCCCUACAACCGGUCCCAGUCGCCGUUCAGCCCCCGUUCGACCCAACCGCCGGCCGGCUACGUGACGAUACCCAGACGGCCGCGCGUGCCCAGCUGGGCCAGCAGCACGGCCGCGUCCACGCCGACCGGCGGCGGCGGCCACCUGGACGACCCGCUGGGCGUGGGCCGGCUGUGCGAACCGGUCUACGACAACCUGGGCCCCCGGACCACGGCCGACGGCAGUUCGGUGCUGUCGCUGACCAAGGCGGUGGCCGCCGACUCGGCCGCGCAGGGCUUGCACAGGCCCACGCCGCAGUACACCAGCCAGACGCUGCCGCACAAAACCAAGCUGCAUUCCAGUCACGGCGGCGGCGGUGGCGGUAUGAUCCAUCAUCAUCCCAGGUUCGACGCGGAAAGGGUGCCGUCUCCGGCACCCCGGUCGCCAGAAAAAAUCCAACACAACGCGCUUCCGCCCAAUUACUCGCCCUUGGUCGAGAUGGACGCUAGGAACCGGAGCAGUUGGGCGCCCGGCCGGGUGGGCACUCCCGAGACGGGGGUACUGAAGCCGGCCAGCCAGACCAGCCUCAAGCGCAAAGUUCCGCCCAAACCGCCACCAAAGCCCAAAAUGAAAGGCGGACCGCUGUUCGAAGACGAAGGCGAAGACGGCACCGAAGUAUAA